AUGGCGGCCCUGUCUCGCGCGGCCGUGGCGGUGGCCCUGUGCUUCGCAUCCCCUGCCCUCGCCUACGUGGCCCCUGGCACGGGCGAGCCCGCCCUGCAGCGCCGCGCCGCCCCGGCGGCGCGGUCGCAGCCGGCGCCCCUCGUGGAGCAGCUGGAGGAGCCCGCGGCGGACGGCUGCGCCCCCGGGGCGCUCCUCGGGGCCGCCGCGGCGGCCCUUGCCGGGGCGGCGGCCGGCUGGCUUCGCUCCAGCCGCCGGAGCGCCGCGGGCGCCGCGGCGGCGGCGUCGGCGGCGGCGCUCGUGGCGCAGGCCUCGCCCGCACUGGCGGAGGUCGACUAUAUCAACAUCGAGUACCUUGGGGGGAGCAACAAGGUGGACAUCAACAACGCCAACAUCAUGGCCUACCGCCAGUUCCCUGGAAUGUUCCCGACCGCAUCCGGCUGGAUCGGCACGCACGGCCCGUGGGAGAAGGUCUCGGACAUGUUGAAUGACCCCGAGCUUCCCGACAACCUGAAGCAGAUCAUCCAGAAGUACGAGAAAAACUACGUUGCCUUCCCGGCCAACCCGGCCUACUUCAUCGACCGCAUCAACAACGCCAUGUACCGUUGA